UUAUAUUUAGUUACUGAUCUGAGUAAGGUUGAGCUGACUGAUCAUGAAUGAAGAUUACAUUAAACAAACAAAUUCAACCCAAGCCGGUUUGCUUAUGACAUCACUCGAUAGCUUGAGAGUACAAAACAUUCUCUGUGAAUUCGAUGUCAAAGUUGGUGACAAAUCCUUUCGUGCUCAUCGCUGUGUCUUGGCAGCCUCAUCAGGAUACUUUAAAGCGAUGUUUACGAGCAAAAUGAAGGAAUCUCGUGAUGGUUUUAUCAAUAUGAAGGAUGUCGAUCAGAAUGGGAUUUCCCAAUGUAUAGAAUUCAUGUAUAAAGGAGUAGGAAAUUUGAAAAUGGAAUACGUUCAACAAAUCCUGCAAGCAUCCAACCUGUUACAAAUGGUUGGCUUGACAAACUUUUGCUUCCAUUACUUGAAAACCCAUGUCUCUUCGACCAAUUGCCUUUCUGUCAUCAACUUGGCUCAAGCAUACGAUCGCUAUGAUAUAAAAGAGCAAGCAGAACAGGUUUUGAUCACUAAUUUCAAAUCAGUAAUUUCCUCUGAGAUGUUCCCAUUCAUUAUCAAGCCAGAUCUCCUGCGUUACAUAAAAGUUUCAAAUGUGAGUUAUCAAACAUCAUGGCAAGCUAUGAUGACAUGGGCAAGAGCAAAAGAUGAAGAUGCAGAGAGAUGUUUUGCCGAUCUUGUUACAGUGAUCAAUAUCCAGACUUAUCCUUUCAAAUUUCUUCUGGAGACUGUAUUGGAAGAACCAUUGGUGAAAAGUAAUGAUAUUGCAAAGAAUUCAGUCAUCACUGCAUUAUUCUCUGAUGUCAAGAAUCUUGAGACAAAUCUUGAGAUUGACAACUGCUUCAUCCUGAAGAAUCUGGCUGAAACUCAUCAAGUUACAAACUCAAAUGCUGUGAAAGAUGUGAUGAAUCGAUUUCUGGAAGCAACUUUCGAACAAGUCAUUGAGAAAAAAGAGUUUUGUGAUAUCAGCAAAGAUGAGAUCAUAAGGAUUUACAAAUCCCCAAACACAAAAUAUUCUUCCGAGACUGUUAAAUGGCAUGGAACUCUUAGAUGGAUUAAACAAGAUAUUCAGAAAAGGAAAAAACAUUUUCAUGAACUGUUUAGCCUUCUCAAUCUCGGAAAAUUCCCCCUGCAAUUUCUCAAACAAACCAUCCGCUCAGAAACUUUGGUCAACGAUUCUCGUAAAUGUUACGAUCUACUUGUUGAUGAAAUAUUUUCUCGAGCUGAUGAAAAGUCCACAGAUCAGGCAGCUCAGAGAGCAAUUUUCACUGCUCCAAGUACUAAAGCAGAUACAGAAACUUUCUUGGGCAACACUGCAUCAAGUAGUCACAGCUCUAGGAAUGUCCAAGAACCACAUAUGGGAGCAGUGGGUGGAUACAGAAGUGAUACUUCAGAAUCUCAGUCUUCAAGUCAAGCUACUUCAUCUGGUCUAAGAAUCAUCAACCAGCAACCACCUGGUGGAGAAAUGUCAGUGAAAAUGUUGCAUGAAUCACUGCCAGGAUAUAUAUUGUGCACUUAUGUCAUCACCUACUCAUUCCCUGCUGGAAGGCUGAAUGUGAGUCAUGUAAUGAAUUCAGUUGGUUGAAUAUUAAAUUAUGUAUUUACUGGAACCAGGCUUCUUGUUGUAUUAAUAUAUAUUAAUUGUAUGUUUAACAUUGAAUCUUCCAAAUACAAUUAUUCUGCCCCCAAAUAGCAAUUGAAUUCUAAUUACACUUAUGUUAUUAUAUUGUUCACUUUAAACAGGGCACAAGCAACCACUAAUGCAUAAUAAGCUAUUAUUUUUGGAUGUAAUGUAAUCUUUUCAUUUUGGAAUUGCCUACUCAAGUUAUUACAUCCUGGAUAAGGCAGUGGGCAUGGGACUUGAACUUGGGACCUUCGAAUUAUGAUCCAACAUAGCUAAGUCCAAUGCUAUAACCACAAGGCCAUCACAACACCUUAGUGCUUAGAUGUUCUAGAAAUUUUUUCCAAUGUUUCUAGAAAGCAGUUUUUUAUGUUGGUUUAAUGGCCCCUUGCAGAAUUUACCUCUACCAGUGCUGAUGUCCAAAAUAGAUGAAUAUAUUCACAAUUGUUUAUAUUACAUAGAGAAAAUUCUUGAUUUGAGGUUUUCAUUUCAAAAUUUGUCUUUUGAAGCAUUUGAUUAUUGAAGAAAAUCGUAUGACUUUCGUUAAAAUCUAACAUUGCAAAUUGCUAAAAUCAAUCCAAGCUGUGUUUAUAUCAGUUAUUCUGCAUUACUGAAUUAAAUUUCCACAUAAAUACAGUGAU